ACGCUGGCUCCACCUCAGAGCCACAGCCACCGCAAAUAAUACGGCGUUUUAUUUUACGUACACUACAUUACCCACAAUGCCUGUGGACAUUUUGCCCCUUGCUACGUCACAUGUUUUCCUCCCUCACGCGGUGGGUACUCGGGUAGGAUACCGAGGCGGAAUCGGAGAACAUGGCAGACGAGGAGGACUCGGCGCCGGAUCCUGCCGCCGCCUCUCCCCGGGAGAGCCCUCGCCGUGAGCGGCCUCACACUGUCUCUUUCUCCGAGAGCGUCCAGCCAGCCGUCGGGAUGGUGAGCCAGCUGCUGACCCAGCCGUCGUCCCUGAAGUUUGAUAAAAACAUCAAACAGGCCUUCUACAACACGGGGGCGAUGAUCUUUGUGGCCAUCUGCUGCGGGGCGGCGGUGCUGGUCUACUUCAUCCUGGAGGCCUUCCUCCGCCCGCUGCUCUGGGCAGUGCUCUGCGGGACCUUCCUCCACCCCUUCAAGCACUCCCUGGCCCGGCUCGGCCGCUCGUGGCUCAGCGGCCUGCAGGAAACCGGGACGCCCAUCGUGGUGGGGACCCUGCUGGUGCCGGUGUGGUGUGUGAACUACGGGGUGGAGGCGAUGGGCAGGCUGGUGCUGGAGAGGCUCACGGUGCUGCUGGUGAUCGGGGCCGGGGCGCCGCUCGUUUACUUCUUCUACCUGUUCUGGAGCGUCAUCGGCAUGCAGGUGAUCCUCGGGCACAUCUGUGGGAUCAUCGGGGCCGUGCUGGACUGCUUCCACACUGUGUGGGUCUGCACUGUGGUGAUCGGCUACUUGUUGGCGGUGUGCUUCAAGUGGAGUCCCCACACCGAGCACUACCUGAGGGCUGUGGCUCUUCCGGUCUGGGCCGCCCUGCUCUUCUACAUUGUGUCUCUGACCGGCUCGUGGAGGGUGCCCAUAUUUGUGGUCGUGGUUGCUCUCCUUAUCGUGGGCUCCCAAGAGAAACCACCUGUCCCUGGCAGAGGAGAGCUGUCCGGGCAGGUGCUGUCAUUCGCUGCUAACACUAUUUACAUGGCGAUCUCCUGUAGCAACCUUCAGGUGAAAAGUGAGCCCAGUGAAAACUCUACUACAGAUGGCGUCCAGUCUGUUGGCCCCCUUCCUUCGACGCCUGGAUUCCCUCGGGGCUCUCGCACAUUACCAGCUGGCCUCUUCCAGAGAGAGAAAAGCUCCCAGAAAGCCAGCGAUAUCUACUUUAUUCUCCUGGUCUGGGCCAUCGUACUGGUUCAGGUCUGGCUCAACCUCUGGAUCCUCCAACUGCUGCCUAUCCCUGUGGCCGUGUGGGUGCUGAAGAAGCUGGUGGUCCACUUUGGCCUGAAGAGCUUUGCAGAGCGGACGCUCGCCUCGUGGUGGUCGGUGCUGGAGAAGCUGGGACGUGAGCGAGAGGAGGCCCUGCUGCCAGGACCGAUCAAAGGCCUGGCUCUGUUCCUGCUGCGCAUCGACACUAAGCUCUGGCAUUGGCUUAACAAGCAGAUGGUCGUGUGGCUGGAGCGAUCUCUGGAUAAAAUCAUCAGCAUCUUCAUCAUCUUCCUCCUGGUCACAGGGACGCUGCUCAUGGCUCUGCUGCUCACCGCUAUGGUGCACCAUGAAAGCGUUCACAUCAUCGACGUAACCAGUAACCUCAUCAACGAGACCGUGUCUAACCAUCCAGAAUGGGCCAAUUGGCUCCCAGAGGCUCGCGUGGUGCAGAAGGCUCUGAAUUCAGCUGCUACUAAUGUUUAUCAACACGGUCGAGAAUGGAUAACACAAAAGCUCCAUAAGAUGUUAGGAGACAAGGUGAACCACACGGCUGUGAUUGAGAAACAGGUUCUGGAGCUUUGGGACAGACUGUACCACUCCUGGUUUGUCAAGAACACCACCCACACUGGACGCGGCCGAGGUCACAAGAUGAUGACUCCGAGGCAGAACAGCUGGCUGGGAGACAUCCUGGACUGGAAUGACAUCGCCUCCUUCCUGCAGGAGAACAUUGAGACUCUGCUGUCUAUCCUGGAGUCUCUGUGGGUGGUGAUGAGCAGAAACGUUGGCCUCCUCUUCUCCACCACCACCACGCUCGUGACGGUCCUGUUCCACAGCGGCACAGCUCUGCUCAACUUCGCCCUCAGUCUGGUGAUUUUCCUCACCACUCUCUUCUACCUGCUGAGCUCCAGCGGAGAAUACUACAAACCCGUCAAAUGGGUGAUCAGCCUGACCCCUCUCUCGCAGCCUGGACCCUCCUCAAAUAUCAUAGGCCAGUCUGUGGAAGAAGCCAUCAGGGGAGUGUUCGACGCCUCCCUGAAAAUGGCCGGCUUCUACGGCCUCUACACUUGGCUCACUCACACCAUCUUUGGCAUCAACAUCAUCUUCAUUCCCUCUGCGCUGGCCGCCAUCCUGGGUGCGGUGCCGUUCCUAGGGACGUACUGGGCCGCCGUGCCGGCGAUGUGUGACCUGUGGUUGGUGCAGGGCGAAGGCGUCAAGGCUGUGCUGCUGCUGAUCUGCCAUCUGCUCCCGACAUACUUUGUGGAUACAGCCAUCUACUCUGACAUAUCAGGGGGUGGACACCCGUACCUGACAGGUCUAGCAGUGGCAGGCGGCGCGUACUAUCUGGGUCUGGAGGGCGCCAUCAUCGGGCCCAUCCUCCUCUGCAUCCUGGUAGUUGCGGCCAACAUCUACAGCGCCAUGCUGAUGAGCCCCAGCUCUGCAGCGCCGACACCGGUGCAGUCGAGCUGGCCGGUCCACCCCAUGAGGACCUUCGCAGAGUCCACGCCCUCAGUCCUGAAGAAGACCAGUGAGUGAGAGCCAGAGGGUGAGUCCCCGCGGAACGUCACCCGGCCUCCUACUGGCUGACUCCUCACGGGAAGUGCUGCCCAUCCCUGAAGCUCCUCCGAGGAAGUCAGCCCCCCAUUGAACCGGGAAAAGAGGAGGCAGCGUCUUGGCUGGUCACCAUGACGCUGUCCACUUACCAGCGCCGCUUCUCUGAGCAAAAUGGCGCCAGCUGCUCUCGCCGAAGACCCUAAUAUUAGAGCUGCGAGUGUUCGUUCUUAUCCCAAACAUGGACCAACGCUCUCAUAUUGAGCUUUAUGAUUAUGAACGGUGGAGACGUUGAUGCUAAUCACAUCACCUCUCGGAACGUAGUGCCUGAAUUGACUUUGUAAUGUUUAACAAAUGCCUACACUUACUGUGCGGUGAAUUGUAAGAUAAGAUAUUUUAUCUACAAAGCCCCUGAUUCCCACCCUGGCUGUGUUUACACAGUGUUUGCACUCCCUACCUCUCUCCUCAUGGAGGCUCUUGUAGAGUCUGUAGUAAAAGGCUGGUUUGUGUUCAUGAACUUGGAACACCUGACUCCACAGAACCAGCGGGUGAAUUUUUAUUUAGUUUAACUUAAUGUGUCGUUCAUGAUUCUUUCAGCAGUUUUUUUUUUUUUUGUUCUCUCCUCACGCACCUCACGUCUAUCAGAAACGUCUUUAUAUUUUCUACCGGCCUCGUCCACUCCUGCACUUCCUCACGACUCCACUCUGAGCACUUUUUUUCCAGAACAGAGAGUAAAUAGUAGUUUACAUCGCUCGAAGCUUUAAUGAACGAGCUGCGCGGAUGAAUCGUGUUUUGUAAUGUGACACAUCGAUCAUACAUGGCUACUGUGUUAGCUGCCUGUGACAGCAGGAGGGAGGGAGGGCUGUGAUGUGUUCUGUGUUGGAACAAGCAUGUAGUUCAGCAGCGGUUUAACUGGAUUACUGUAGUUUUUAUUUGGUACUUUUAUUACUGGAUGCACUGACACAAUAAACAUUUUAACUGUG